CCCUUCUUUUAUGAAUUUAAAAUGUGUUCGUGGUCAGUUUAGAGCGACUAGAUAAAUAGACUCAAAUGAAAAUCUUUCAUGAUCCCAUCAACAGCUGACAGUCACUGUUAAUGUUUUGAUACAUUUCUUGUAGUCAGUUGAUGUAUGUAUAAUUUUAGUACAUCUUAUGUAUAUUUCUUUAAGGAAACAAAAUUGGGAGUAUGCUGUUUGAAGCCAUUAGGAUAUAUUACAGAUAUCUUUUAUAAGGUCGUCUGUUUUGUUCCGUGGGGGGAGUUUUUUCAGCUGGUCCCUGAGAACUUACCUUCCUUUUGUUUUGUUUGGUUUUGGUUUGUUUUUAGAUGGGCUCCACAUCCAGUGUGGAGCCCAAUGCGGGGCUUGAAUCCAUGACCCUGAGAUCCAGACGUGAGCCGGGAGCGGGAGUCGGGCACUUACUUAAUCAGCUGAGCCAUCUAAGUGCCCUCCUUUCUUUUGUUUUUAUUCUUAGUUUGCUGUGGUGGCAUUAUUUCUGGACAGGGGACUGAAUGGUGCCAGUAUUGGAAUGGGGCCUUUGCGCACCCUUACCCCCCACUUCUGUUGAAGGGCUGUGACUGCAGGCCUUCGGGGACACCGAGUGGGGCCAGUGGGCUGGAUCUGCCACUUAAUAGAACCUGAUGCUAAGUGGAACUACGCAAUAGUGACGAUUGUCCCUUCGUUCUGGAGAGACACAUGAGAGCUGUCACAGGAAGAGCUGCAUGGUACGCAGGAAGCUGCCAAGUCCGCAGAUCCCGGUCAUCCGCAGAAAGGCCUGCCCAUGCGGUGUGAGGAAGGAGCUCCCGCAGCCAGAACCCCGCUCCCGGUGUGAGAGGCGCAGCCACGGCCUGGCGGAGUUCGGGGCCAGAGCCGAAGAGGCUCAGGGUGCAGCAGGGCUCGGAGCUGCUCCUCUCGCAACAGAAUUGACCAUGUUACAGGAGGUGUUCUCGUUUGAAGAUUUAUCUGUGGACUUCACCCAGAAGGAAUGGCAGCUCCUGGACCCCAGUCAGAAGGACCUGUACAAGGAUGUCAUGUUGGAGAACUACAGCAGCCUUGUGUCCCUGGGGUACGAAGUUGUGAAACCUGAGGUCAUCUUCAAGUUGGAGCAAGGAGAAGAGCCUUGGAUCGGAGAUGGGGAAGUUCCGAGUUCAGACGGUCCAGAACAAGUUUUGCAAGUAAAUGGUCACAUGGCAUGGCAGCAGGAUAACCAAGAGAAGCUUAGAUAUAUGAAACAAGAUCACGAAUGUGAUGCAUUUGGGAAAAAAUUCAAUCUGAGCAUGAACUUUGUUCCGUUAAGGAAAUCAAACAGUGAAGAUGAUGUAAAUGGAUUACUUUUAAAACAUCACUUAGAUUUACUUAUUCCAAAAGCAGAUUAUGGAAAAACGGAAGCAGGUGGCUUAAGUGUAUUUGAUAAGUUGUUUCUCCAUCCCAAACCUGAGGAAACUGAUAAUUGGUUAAAAUAUUAUGAAUAUGAUAAAUAUGAUAAAAUUAACUCUAAGAAGUCACAGAUUAUCAUAUAUCAUAGAAACCGUUUAGGGGAGAAACUCUAUGAAUGCAGUGAAUGUAGGAAACGCUUCAAUAAGAAAUCAAGUCUCAUUAAACAUCAGAGCAGACAUAUAAGAGAGAUCGCCUAUGGCUGUGGUAACUGUGGCAAAACCUUUCCCCAGAAGUCACAGUUUAUUACACAUCACAGAACUCAUACAGGAGAGAAACCUUAUGAUUGUGGCCAGUGUGGGAAGGCCUUCUCCCAGAAGUCGCAGCUCACAUCCCAUCAGAGAACACACACAGGAGAGAAACCAUAUGAAUGUGGUGAAUGUGGGAAAGCUUUCUCCCGGAAGUCACAUCUCAUCUCACACUGGAGGACACACACAGGUGAAAAACCCUAUGGGUGCAACGAGUGUGGGAGGGCCUUUAGUGAGAAGUCAAAUCUUAUUAAUCAUCAGAGAAUUCAUACAGGAGAGAAACCUUUUGAAUGCAGAGAAUGUGGGAGAGCUUUCAGCAGGAAGUCACAGCUUGUUACACAUCACAGGACUCACACAGGAACAAAACCCUAUGGAUGUAGUGAUUGCAGAAAAGCCUUCUUUGAGAAAUCAGAGCUCGUUAGACAUCAGACAAUUCAUACUGGAGAGAAGCCCUACGAAUGCAGUGAAUGUCAGAAAGCCUUCAGAGAGCGGUCGAGUCUCAUUAACCACCAGAGAACUCACACAGGAGAGAAGCCUCAUGUGUGCAUUCAGUGUGGGAAAGCCUUCUCCCAGAAGUCACAUCUCAUAUCCCAUCAAAUGACACACACAGGAGAGAAACCCUUUGUAUGCAGUAAAUGUGGGAAAGCCUUCAGCAGGAAAUCUCAGCUUGUUAGACAUCAGAGAACUCACACAGGAGAAAAGCCCUAUGAAUGCAGUGAAUGUGGGAAGGCUUUCAGUGAAAAAUUAAGCCUUACUAAUCAUCAGAGAAUUCAUACAGGAGAGAAGCCCUAUGUGUGCAGCGAGUGUGGGAAAGCCUUUUGUCAGAAGUCACAUCUCAUAUCCCAUCAGAGGACUCACACAGGAGAGAAACCCUAUGAAUGCACUGAAUGUGGGAAAGCCUUUGGUGAGAAGUCAAGUCUUGCAACUCACCAGAGAACUCAUACGGGAGAAAAACCGUAUGGGUGCAGAGAUUGUGAAAAAGCCUUCUCCCAGAAGUCACAGCUGAAUACUCACCAGAGAAUCCACACAGGAGAGAAACCCUACGAAUGCAGUCUUUGUAGGAAAGCUUUCUUUGAGAAAUCGGAACUAAUUAGACAUCAAAGAACUCAUACAGGAGAAAAACCAUACAAAUGCAGUGAGUGUGGGAAAGCCUUCAGGGAGAAGUCAAGCCUCAUCAAUCAUCAGAGAACACACACAGGUGAGAAACCCUUUGAGUGCGGCGCAUGUGGCAAAGCCUUUUCUCGGAAAUCACACCUAAUACCACAUCAGAGGACACACACCGGGGAGAAGCCCUACGGCUGCAGUGAAUGUAGGAAAGCCUUCUCUCAGAAGUCACAGCUUGUUAAUCACCAGAGAAUACACACAGGAGAGAAGCCCUACCAGUGCCAUGAAUGUGCGAAAGCCUUCUCCCAAAAGUCACAGCUCAUUAAUCACCAGAGGACUCAUACAGCGAAGAAAUCCUAGGACUGGGGUUCCUGCUACUCUCUGACAGAGCUCUCAGCUCUUCGUACUUCAGAAAAUGCAGUUAGGGUAAACCUUUGAGAUAAAUAGUCGCAUCACAUUUUAUACAUCUGUCUGGGUAAUCUUUUAGGGUAGGAACUCUGAGGUUAUGUAGGGAGAGCUUUCAGCAGUUUAACCUGUUUGUGUAAGAACCCUGUGAGUAGAAUGAACCUGUGAGAUGCAGUGACUUUCAAAACCAUACAGUGGAACAUACAGUGGAAAAUGAAAAGCAAUGAGGGCUACUGUGAACGUCAGAAAGCCUUGCAGAGGUGACACCUCAUUUGCUGUUGGGAAGUAUCCUCACUGGGGUAAACCCUAGUCCAGUAAAUGAAGAAAAACCCCAUGAAUGCAGCAAGUAAUGUCCUAUUUUCAUCAAGAAAUCAUAGGUCAUUGUACGUUAAGAAGAUACUCUCAGGAAUGAAGCUCAGUGGAAAUGCUAAAUGUGGGACAGUCUUCAUCAGGUAAUCCAACCAUAUUGUAUUUGGGGGGAAUUCAUAAUGUGGAUCAGACUAACAGUUUAAAGACCUUGGAAACGUGCCCCUAGAAAUAAGGCUAUAAAGGGAAGCCAUGCAUUUUUUAAUAGGUGGGGUUAUCAGAAAUGCCCAAUUCUAAUGGUUGAUGUGUUCACUCUGAAGAAUGAAGUUUUUAAAAAUGUGUGAAUAAAUGAAGUCAUUGAAGCGUCUGAAUAAGACACUUCUCAGUGGUACUUACAGCUUAUUUUCCUGUGUUACACAGUGUGUGUCAUAUUUUGGAAUCACAAGUGUAAACGUAAUUGCGAGCAUGAAAUGCACAUAACAUACCUGGUAGUGCCUCUGAUGUCAGGACAUACUGGGUGCUGCUGGUAUUUGUUUCACUGAUACAGUAAAAAGCAAUUCAUACAACACCUCUUACUGCUAAUAUGCAGCUUAAGUGUUAGCACCACAUCCUUUUUCCUUAUGGCAUGUUGGCAUAUAAAAGGGGUCUGUUGUUGCUGACCUUUCUCUUCAGUUCUGAAAGGCAACAUUAUAUAAAUAUGUUUGCAACCUGAGAGAAUUUAUAUAAAAUCUGGUUAGUAAGUAUUCAAUGGCAGGAACCACAAUCUAGCAAUAGUGACUCAUGAAUGAACAGAAGAAAGCAGGUGUGUGAACUCUAUCACUCAGUUCUGACUCAGGCUAAAUGGCAGUCAUGCUCUGCGUCUUGUUCCCAUUCAUCUUGGCACCUCUGUGCAUCAAGUAGAUGUACUUAAAUACAGCGUGUAUGUUACUUCACUGAUGAAAUAUCAUGAUGCUGUGUACUGUUACAUUUUUGGUGUUUCUUAAAAUACCUUGUAAAAAAAACUAGCUGGAAAAACAAUUUAAGAGUCACUGUUCAGAAAAUGUAAAAUCCAGAUUCUUGUGGUGAGAAAAAUAUUUUUGGUGUAUUCAAGGAAGCCUGUUUUGCCUUCCUAUGAAUUUCUGUAACUACUGGAUUGGUAUUAAGAAAUAGGAUUUUCACUGUUGCAUCAUUUGAAAUAACUGUGUUUCUCCUUUUGUCACCAGUUGCACCCUCUAUUGGAGACUCCUGCUGUGAACCUUUCAUGACCAAUAGGGUUCGCUUUGGCAGUGCAUGACCCACCCCUUAGCUUAGGUAGAACUUUGCAGUGAGCUUUACAAUAUUCCUUGACAAAGUCAACAGUAUUCUGUGUAUGAUGGUGAAAUUCAGAGAAAUCCAGCCCUGACCUUGUUACCAGGCUUGGAAAAAAUCAAGACUUCUCUCAUACACAAGUAGCUUUAUCAGUAUGGUGUCUUGCACUUUUGAUUCUAGUAGUAUUUUUUCCCUUUAGUUGCCAAUUUUAACAUCAUUGUUGAAAAUUGGGACUUAAAGAGUAAUUCCCUAAACCCCUGUACCAGGUUAAAAGUAUCUAAGUUCGUAUUCAUUCUCAAAUGUAUGGACUUCCUACUUUUCUGCAUAAUACCUGAAAGUGAUUUUUUAAAAAGAUUUUAUUUGACAGACAGAGAUCACAAUUAAGCAGAGAGGCAGGCAGAGAGAA